UAUAACACACAAACCACAAGAGAUAACAAAAGCCCACCUCUUCUGAGCCACACUGCCUCUGCGUUGAAACCCUAAUUCCCCAAAUCUUCUACCUCGCAAACCUCUUCGUUUUCUCCACUCAGAAAGCAUCGAUCUCGAUUGGAUUUCAGGAACACUGCACAUUAUCUGCUACUUUCAGAUUUUCAAGGAAGUUCAACGGUGAAGCUUCUUUUAUGUCCGAGAAGGCCAUUUUCCAUUUGGGAUCAAUUGGGUUGCUUGGAGAGUACUGUCCUUGGUCAAGGAAGAAGAACAGACCCUUGUUAAAAGAAAAUAGCUGUAUGCAUCAGUUGCCAUAUCAGGAAUAUUCUGAGUUUCAUGGUUGCUACUGGGUGCAGCCUUCCAUAACUGCAGAACAUCAAUCUUCUCUCGAGUUAGGGGACGAUAUCGCAGCUGUGUACACUUUGACUUCCGGCAUUUCCUUCUCAAGAUACCUUUGAUAUUUGCUUUCUGAUUUCUUUGUUCAAGACAAGAUGGCUUUACUGAACAUUGGUGCUGGGAACAGCGACGAUGCCUUCUACAGGUAUAAGAUGCCCAGGAUGGUUACCAAAAUUGAGGGCCGUGGAAAUGGCAUCAAGACAAAUAUAGUCAACAUGGUGGACAUCGCAAAGGCGUUGGCAAGGCCCCCUGCAUACACUACGAAGUAUUUUGGUUGUGAACUUGGAGCCCAAUCCAAAUUUGAUGAGAAAACUGGGACUUCUAUUGUUAAUGGGUCCCAUGACACUGCUAAGCUAGCUGGCCUUCUUGAAAAUUUUAUUAAGAAAUACGUCCAGUGUUAUGGAUGUGGCAAUCCAGAAACUGAGAUAUUGAUUACAAAGACUCAAAUGAUUCAACUGAAAUGUGCUGCGUGUGGUUUUGUGUCUGAUGUCGACAUGAGAGACAAGCUCACUACCUUCAUUAUUAAGAACCCACCCGAGCAGAAAAAGGGAUCCAAAGAUAAGAAAGCAAUGAGGAGGGCUGAAAAGGAACGGUUGAAAGAAGGUGAAGCUGCGGAUGAGGAGCUGAAGAAACAAAAGAAAGAGGCGAAGAAGAAGGGCACUUCCUCCUCUGCUAAGGAGGGCCCUGUGAAAGCCAGCUCUUCGAAAAAGAAAACAAGUGGAUCUGAUGAGGACCGCACAUCACCUACUCACAGCCAGGUUGAUGAGGAGGAGGCCAAUGAUGUUGGUGAUGAUGACGAUGAUGUUCAGUGGCAAACUGAUACAUCACUAGAGGCAGCUCGUCAACGGAUUCAAGAACAAUUGAGUGCUGCGACAGCUGAUAUGGUAAUGCUUUCAACCAAUGAACCAGAGAUGCCCAAGGAAGCAACAAAGGCUGUGGAGAAUGGAAACUCCACUGCUCGAGUAACACUUACUGAUGAGUUGAAAAAGAAUCUAGAUAAAGGUAUCUCAGCCAAACAGUUACAAUCCCUUCUGCCGUCACUUUCUGGGUCUGCUAAGGAAAAGAUGACUGCUCUUUUUGAAGCGCUAUUUGGGGGCAUAGAGAAAGGGUUUGCAAAGGAGGUGUCGAAGAAGAUAAAGUACCUUGCUGUAGCUGCUGCACAGGAUGAGGGAUCUCAGUUGCUCGUGCUUCAAGCAAUUGAAGGCUUCUGUGGGAAGUCAAGCUCAAGUGCAUUGAAGGAGGUUGCCCUGGUUUUAAAAGCUCUCUACGAUGCUGAUAUCUUGGAGGAAGAAACUAUAGUGCAGUGGUAUCAAGAUGGACUGAAGGGAGCCAGCAAGGGCUCUCAGAUUUGGAAGAACACUAAACCCUUCAUUGACUGGCUCCAGAGCGCUGAGUCUGAAACUGAGGAGGAAUAAGGUUUUUUACUUUUUAUUUAUUUUCAUCAUCGCAUGUGUUGUUUGUUCGUUGUUUGGUUUGCUGCCGUUGCCAACAUCAUGCCAUCCGCAGAAGGGAAUAAACGGGUUUUCUGAGGCCUCUCGCGUAGUCCACUAGUGUCAAGAUUUUCUACUUUGUCCUGCAUUACCUAGAAAUGUCUGUAUCUGUGUGUUAUCUGGGAUUGGUUUUAGCAUCUGGAUGUUGAGUAUUAUUUUCGGCAUAUUUUUGCCCCUGGAUAGUUUCAAAAUUUUAAAGGAUAUUGUUUGUUUUACUA